AUGUGUCAUACGCUACAUAUUUUUUUAUGCGGAUUAAUUUGCUUGGGAAUAUUUGAUUAUGGAAAUACGGCUGAAAAUCCAGUUAUAACUCCUAAUUUAUUGUCGUCAUUGGCAGCAAAUGUCGGGACCGUAUUAUCACCGAGUCUGCUCAAAGAAAUUCAAGGUCAGGUCCCUAAUCGUACGGCAGUGAGAGAAAAUAGUGAGAGACCUUUUUACUAUGAUCUGCCGACGCCUUUACCACCUGGACCACCGAAGCCGAAGCCUACGAGAUUGACUUCGUCUACCAAGAAACCAAAAGUGGCUGCGGUUCCAAAUUCGCAUUUAAUCAAAGCUCCAGAGGACGCGGAAACUAAUCGCGAGACACCGGAUUCUCUAAGAGCACCGCAGACUCAAUUAGAAAAUCAGUUUCCGUUUGAUUUUAGGAACAAUUUCCGUGACUUUGGUACCGGGUUCCAGGGCACUGGGCGCCAAUUGAGUGGACCCUUGGGCGGACAGUCGAAUGGGCAAUUUAAUGGACAAUUGAACGCUGGGGGAUUUGGCGGGGAUCAAUUUAAUUCUGAUAUUUAUCGUCCGUUCGCUUCACUCGACGGGUCACGUGCCAAUGAAAAUAUUCCGCAAGGCGCAGGUUCACCCUUUGCUGGAAAUGCGGAUUUCAAUGGAGGAAAUAGACCUUUUAGUUAUCCUGGAAACCCGCAAGACUUCAACAGGUUCCAAGACUUUGGGAGAUUUGGGUUCAAUGGCCAAUUCCCUGGGUCAAAUCGUUACUUUGAUCCGUCUAGACAAGGAGCCAACCAGUUUUCAAAUUUCGCGGGUCAAGAUCCUCGAGUUUUAGCUCAGCAGAAUUAUCCUCAAGAUCCUCGAGGUCUAGCUCAGCAAAAUAAUCCCCAAGAUCCUCGAGCUUUAGCUCAGCAAAAUAAUCUUCAAGAUCCUCGAGCUUUAGUUCAGAAUUACCCCCAAGAUCCUCGGGCUAAUUUACAAAAUCCUAAUGAUCAAUCAGGAUUAGCAUACCCACAAAAUUAUCCCAACUCUGUCCCACAAAACUACGCCCCGAAUUCUUUCAAUUUUCUAGCCAACCAAAGAUUCCAAGGCCCUUUCAACGGUAACUUUGACAGAAACCCACAAGAUGGAUUGAACUACCCUCCGUACUUCCCGGGGCGACCUGACGGACUUCCGGGUCCUCAAUCACCUGGAAAUUCAAAUCCCAACCAGCAACUGAACAUCAAUGGGCCUAUUAAUUCCCAAUCAGGUCCAGGUCCCAUUAAUUCUUCACGCAGAUCCGAAGAAACUCAGCGACCGGCCCGAAAACCGGUCGGUCAAAAGACAACGACCACGAUCCCCGAUGUCGAGAGCCUCCAAGAACGUCUUCAGCUUGAAAAAUUAUUCUACCCACCAGUUAAUGAUUAUUCUGACGUCCGCAUUAAUUCAGACGCUUUUAAACAGCACUCAGUAGCUUCCAACAUAGUCGAUAAGAAUCCCAAAACAAAUAUUGUGUAA